CCUCAACUGUACAAGGUUGCCUUCAUUUUUUGUUAUCCAAAAUUGGGAUAUCAACAUCUUAGCGGAAAUCUGUAGCCAUUAUUAUAAUGUCCACAUUCCCACUAAAAAGUUUGCACUUUGAUGGUCAUUUUUAAGUGCCAGCUAUCUAUUGCUAAGAUUUUGAAACUCCCAGACUGAAAAGACAUUGUUUUUUUUUUUUCUUAGUAGGUAGAGUUAGCUGUACUCUGUAAAUAGAUAGGAUUGAAAAGACAGGAGGAAGAAACAUAAUGAAUCGGGUUUCGAUAUGGGUUUUGAGUCUGUGUUGUGUAGUUGGAAUUGGUUUGAGCCGAUCUGAAGAUGCGGUUGAAGAAUUGAAAGCUAAAGAGAGUCUGCUUUCGUACUUGGAGAAAGAUGCAGCGUCCCCUGGCGCCAACACUCUCAUGGUUCCCCUCACUCUCAUUCAAGGAGCUGCUUCUAAAGGAGCUGUUUGUUUGGAUGGGACGCCUCCUGGUUAUCAUCUGGAUCGUGGGUUCGGUUCAGGUUCAAACGGCUGGCUCAUUCAUUUGGAGGGAGGUGGAUGGUGUAAUAACAUUCGAACUUGUGUCUUCCGUAAAACUACUCGACGUGGUUCAUCAAAAUUUAUGGCGAAGCAAACAAAUUUCACCGGAAUAUUGAGCAAUAAAGCUGAAGAAAAUCCUGAUUUCUACAACUGGAACAGAGUGAAGCUACGGUACUGCGAUGGGGCAUCGUUUGCUGGGGAGGGCCAGAAUGAGGCUAACCAACUUUAUUUUAGAGGACAAAGGAUCUGGUCAGCUGCUAUGGAAGAAUUAAUGGCCAAGGGAAUGCAGAAUGCUGAGCAGGCUCUUCUUUCUGGAUGCUCAGCUGGGGGUCUAGCAUCCAUUCUACACUGUGAUGAAUUUAAGGAUUUGUUUCCAAAAACCACCAAAGUGAAAUGUCUAAGCGAUGCGGGAAUGUUCCUUGAUGCAACUAAUGUGGCUGGUGGCCAUUCAUUAAGGGAUAUGUAUGGGGGUGUGGUUACCUUACAGGGUGUGCAAAAGAAUCUGCCAAACACUUGUACCAGUCAAAUGGAUCCAACUUCGUGCUUCUUCCCUCAAAACUUGGUUGCAAAUAUCAGGACUCCUUUGUUUCUUCUCAAUGCAGCCUAUGAUGCAUGGCAGGUCCAAGAGAGUUUAAUUCCAUCAUCUGCUGAUCCUCAUGGCUCCUGGCGUGAGUGCAAAAUGGAUCGUUCCCAUUGUAACUCAACACAAAUGCAGUUUCUGCAAGACUUCAGGAGUCAAAUGCUCAACGCCAUAAAUGUUUUCUCAAAGUCCAAUCAAAAUGGUUUAUUCAUAAAUUCUUGUUUUGCUCACUGCCAGUCAGAGAGGCAGGAUACAUGGUAUGAGAAUGAUUCUCCCCGUAUUGGAAACAAGGCAGUUGCAGUGUCUGUUGGAGACUGGUUCUUUGAUCGAACAGCUGUUAAAGCUAUUGACUGUGCAUACCCAUGUGACAGUACUUGUCACGAUCUUGUCUUCAAUGACGUUACAUCGACCAUAACGAUCUCUCAGUCCACAAGGUUGACAUUUACUCUCCUAAAUCUGCUUAGUGCCCUCUUGAUCACCUUAACAUGUUCCAAAUGCACCAUGGAGUUUCAGUUUGGCCAGUGACUAAUAAUUAUAACUUUAAAGUCCACAUCCUAGCAGAUAUGGUGGAUCUUUAGAUUGCAACCAUUUCAAAUCAUUCAUUCAAAGCGCUUCUUUAGUAGCCACUGCAUUCCUUCUCUAAUAUUCUGUGGUUGCAAUAGUUUAUGCUUGGGAAUGGUUAACCUGUUCCCAAUCAUAUGUGUAUUAGUCAUUUCAAGAAAGUGAAGAAAAUGAACACUGAGAGGGAUGUUUCUUGGCUUCUGUGACUAAAGGGUUGAUCUCUUUGUAUGCUAUAUUUUGGUGUAUCAUGAAAUUUUGUGUUCGCGUCUAUUCUAGAUUGUCAUUUCAA